AUGGCUUCUAUAUUUCAGAUAUUAAGGAAGUUUGCAAAAUUUAUAGGACCUGGUAUUAUGGUCAGUGUCGCUUAUAUGGAUCCUGGUAACUAUUCAACUAGUGUAUCAGGUGGUGCACAAUUUAAAUAUCAAUUAUUGUUUGCUGUAUUUAUUUCAAACAUUUUUGCAGUUUUACUACAGUGUCUCUGUGUUAAAUUAGGUACGAUUACAGGGUAUGAUUUAGCGGAAAACUGUCGUCGUCAUUUACCAAGAUGGUUAAAUUUAACCCUAUACUUCUUUGCUGAAAUCGCUAUUAUUGCUACAGAUUUAGCUGAAGUUGUUGGUACAGCCAUUGCUUUACAGAUUUUAUUUGGUAUUCCUUUAACGUAUGGUGUGAUAUUAACUGUAUUAGAUGUCCUGAUAAUUUUAAUCUUUUAUACACCUGAGGAUUCAGAUUUGAAAAAAGUACGUGCUUUUGAAAUUUUCGUUAGUGUAUUGGUAUCUUUAACUUGUUUAUGUUUCCUAUUAGAAAUGUUUAAGAUCAGUGUACCUGAUAAGAAAGAACUAUUUAAGGGGUUCAUGCCUUCAAAUGUGAUAUUUAAGAAUCAACAGGCUCUAUAUAUAUCGCUAGGUAUCUUGGGUGCCACUGUGAUGCCUCAUUCUUUGUAUUUAGGUUCUUCCAUUGUAAAACCAAGAUUAAAUCAUUAUGAUAAAAAGAAGUACGGUAAAGUUAGCGAAAGACCAAGCCUGAGUGCCAUUAAUUAUUCUUUACAUUUUUCUUACGCAGAAUUAAUUAUUUCCUUAUUUUUAAUCGCCACAUUUGUUAAUUCGGCAAUCUUAAUUGUUGCAGGUGCAAGUUUGGCUGGUAAACCAGAAGCAGCCGAUGCAGAUUUACUCUCCAUUUAUGAACUUUUGGUACAUUACAUUUCUCCAGCUGCAGGUUUAAUUUUCGCUUUGGCUAUGUUAUUCUCAGGUCAAUCUGCAGGUAUCAUUUGUACUAUGGCAGGUCAAAUUGUUUCAGAAGGUUUUAUUCAAUGGACUCUGCCACCAUGGGCUACUAGAUUGUGUACAAGAUUAAUCGCCAUUAUUCCAUGUUUGUUUGUUACUUUAACCAUGGGUGAACGUGGUAUCUCUGAUAUUCUAAACUUAUCCCAAGUUGUUCUAUCUUUGAUUCUACCUGUGGUCUCAGCACCUUUGAUCUAUUUUACUGCUAAUAGAAAAAUUAUGACUGUUUACGAUGAACAUCACGAACUUGAUCACAUUGAUGACCAUGAUAAUAUUGAUGAAAAUACAUCUUUGGUUCGUCACAAUACUGGUAUGAAAACAGUAGAUUUCACUAAUAGCAAUCUAUUAACAUAUUCUGCUAUUUUAGUAUGGGCUACCAUUGGUGGUUUGAACUGUUACUUAGUUGGAUCCUUCUUAAUGGGUAGUGAUGUCCAUUUCUAA